AUGGUCAGAAUCAUCGGCGCUUUUCAAUUUCAAUUCGUUUUUGACGGUGGUGCUGCUCGUGAUUUGCACGUGCACGUUCUUGAAGAUGCAGUUCCCGGCCGUCCUGGAGCAGAAAACUGGGUGAGGCUAAAAUACUUCAUUGAAAUCUGUAAGCCAGCCCUUCUGCUUGGUUUAAGCAUUGCAUCGCAGCAAUGGUCUUUCACACGCCCGUAUACGCACAUACUAGAUGAUUGCUAUUUGGACUCUGAUUUUCACGUGCGGCAUAGUCUUCUUUAUGUAUUCCGUCGUCCUGCUUACUCUAUAAGAGUUCUCUCCGUAGGGUUCCGGGGAUUUUUUUGGAAGGCAGCUAGAAUAGGUGAACGCUUGAGCCCUUGGGUUGCUGCUGGAUGCUUUACAAUGGGAAUUUCAAUCUUAUUUUUCUAG